UUUGCCGACACUUCUUUGCGCACGUGAAUAAGUGUGCUCAAUUUGUUUGUUUAUGUUGUCUUGAAGAACCUUUAUAGUUGAAAUUUUUGAAGAAUUGUGAGAGUGCGGUUCAAUCCUUUCAUUAUCAACGGAAAAUUUGUCAAUAUUGAUGUCGUGUUUGUCAUGUUCAAUCGUCUUUACAAUUGUUUGGUCUUGAAAACCUUGAGGUCGUGUUUUGGACAGUGGAGUUAUGAUAAUGAAAAUCUUUAAGGAAAAGAUAAAGGGAUGAUGAAAAGAAGCUAAGUUUGUCAUUGUCAUUUCCGUUAGCAAAUAUCACCGUAAAUCAAUAAUACAAACACAGCCUGAGAGAGUUCCCAACUUAGUUGCCUGAUUUGACCUAAUUAUUUCUUCCAUAUGCAGUUAUGCUUGGGAAAGAGAAAAUACUCCUGGGUUCAGCUUUCCAACUCUUCAUCUCAACUGGAUUCUUGCUCUUUUCCGUUUCCAUCUGUCAAAUUCCCUUGGGUUCAAAACUUUCUGUCGUAGAAAACAACCGUUGGACCUCCUCCAAUGGGAAUUUCGCUAUUGGGUUUUUUAACCGUUUGGCUCAGUAUAGUGUCGGGAUCCAUUUCAAUUCGAACUCCAUUCCAGUCAGUAAACAAACAGUGGUUUGGGUUGCCGGAGCUGACUUAACUGUGGGCAAUAAUUCCUACUUCCAUCUAACCCAAGAUGGAGACCUGGUUUUGUUUGAUUCCGAUGUAGGAUUCAUUUCUUGGACAAGCAACACUACCAAUUCAUCCGUUGCUUCGGCAGUUCUCUUAAAUACUGGCAACUUUGUUCUUCUCAGCAAAAAGAGAGAGAUUGUUUGGCAAAGCUUUGACACCCCAACUGACACACUUCUACCCUCUCAGACUCUAUCUGUUAUUCAGACACUCCGUGCUUCAAGUAGAAAUUCAAUAUCAAGUUACUACAGUCUUCACAUAAAAGACCAAUUGCAACUCCGGUGGGAAAACAAUGUUUUCUACUGGAAUAGCAAAAGCAGAUCCAAAUCGAUUUUACAAGCCAUUCUCAACUCCGACGGAACCCUACAGCUUCUUGACCAAAGAUCGGAAGUGGUUUGGUCUGUUUUUGGAGAAGAUCACAAUGAUUCGGAUGUGAAAUACCGAUUUCUUAGACUGGAUGCGGAUGGAAAUCUUCGGAUGUACUCAUGGUUUGAUGUUUCAAAGACGUGGACCCCGGUUUGGGAAGCUGUUGAGAAUCAGUGUGAUGUUUUCGCAACUUGUGGGCAUUGUGGAAUAUGCGUUUUUAAUUCUUCUGGGUUUCCUGUCUGCAAAUGCCCCUUUAGAGCUACUACAACUGAGUCUAGCUUGAAAUGUUUGGUUCCAUAUGGCAAUGACUGUAAAUCUGGUUCCUUCAUCACAAAAUAUGAGCAUACAUUUUUGUAUGGAAUUUACCCACCGAAUGGAACGGUCACACUGGCUAGUUUGCAGAAAUGCAAGAGUUUGUGCCAAGAAGACCCUCGUUGCACUGCGGUGACUUUCACGAAUGAUGUGACUCCACAAUGCCGGAUUAUGAAAACACAAUACAUUACUGGUCAAUCAAACCCAUCUUUGAGUUCUAUAUCUUUUGUUAAGAGGUGCUCCGAUCCACUUGCUGCUUUACCUAUUUCCCCUGCAUCUUCAUCGUCUUCUCCAGAUGGGUUUUGUAUUCCUUGCCUAACUGGAAUGGCAUUAGGCACAUUUUUAGUGUUUGUUGUAAUUCAGGCUGGGAUCGGCUUCUAUUUCUACAAGAGAAGGAAACAUAUGAGGAGGAAAGCUGCUUUAGCUUACACUAGUACCAACUCAAAAGGUUCUAUUGCAUUUUCCUUCUCUGAAAUCAAAGAAGUUGCAGCAAAUUUUAAGCACCAAAUUGGACCAAAGAUGUUCAAAGGUGUGCUUCCAAACAAUCAACCGGUUGCAGUGAAAGACAUCAAAGAUGUAGAUAUUGAAGCUAGAAAGUUCCGAAACACGGUUUCAAAAAUUGGAAGUAUUUACCACAAAAACCUUGUUCAGCUCGAGGGUUACUGUUGUGAUUCAAACCAUAGAUUUUUGGUCUACGAGUUUGCCAAGAACGGUUCACUGGCAAAAUGCAUAGAAGAUCCUAAGACGUGCAAGAGGUUGACAUGGGGGAAGAGAAUGGAGAUAUGCUUAUCCAUCGCAAGGGCAAUUGCUUACUUGCACUCGGGAUGUAGACAGUUCUUGAGUCACGGUAACUUGAAAUGCGAGAAUGUGGUUUUGGACGAAAACUUCAAUGCCAAGGUGAGCGAAUUCGGGUUGGGGAGAGAGAGAGUUGGCGGAGAGAGAGAUGUGAGGGAUUUUGGCAAUAUGGUGGUGGAAUUGGUAAGUGGGCGACGAGAGGGUGGUGGUGUUUGCGAGUGGGCUUAUGAGUUGUGGAAAAAAGGAGAGGUGGAGAUGGUAGUAGACCGGAGAAUAGAGGGUGGUUUGAAUUCGGAACAAUUGGAAAGGGCAUUGAGGAUUGCAUUCUGGUGUUUGCAAUUUGAUGAGGAAAUGAGGCCUUCAAUGGGAGAAGUCAUUAAGGUGUUGGAAGGCACUUUGAGUGUGGAUCCUCCUCCACCCCCUUUCGUUUCCCGCAGGCAACAAGAGGUAGAGGAAUCAUCAGAGUCUGAACUAGAGCAUAGAAUCUAACACAUGUAGAUUUGUUUCAUUUGAAGUUAUUUCUUCUCUUCGUUUUGUACAGUGGAGCUAACAGCACGGUUGACCAGACUGAGGUCAUUUUGCUAUGGUUGCGAAAUUUUAGUCCGUACUCUUUGGAGAAGGACUGAUGGACAUGGCCUUCUUUUCUUCCUACCCAAAAGUUUUGCCGCGUUUUCCACUGCACCGAAUAUAAUGUAUCGAUGUCGUCUUCUUAACUUUGAUUCAUUACUGGACAACGUUUUCUUCCAUUCUCUCUGUGGAUUUGGUAGAUUAGAUAAUUAUGACCUAGAAAUCAUUGGAUUGUAAGGUUGUUUUCUGGUU